GGUGCACUGGGUUGGAUGCGAGGAAGGUUACAGGUACCAGGUACUGCAAUCUACAAUACAUUCAUGGAAUCGUGAUUGAGCAGGGCACAACCUCAAGUCAGUACUCGAGCAGACUCGAACACUCAUAGCCGUUCGCAGCUGACCUGGUACCCUCGGCAUUGAACACAUCAAGCGAGGACAGGAUGUCCCACGAAGAUUCCUGGUAAAAUGUUUCGUCAUUUGGUUUCUCCUAUCUUCGCCUUCGUUCCGUUGCAGCCGCACGUCCGGCCGUCGUCACAUCCGACGCCCGCCAGUCCGCCAGUUGAACCUACUCUUGCCCUAUAUCGACCAAUAGAAUGUAGCCAGUGUGUCAUCGGCGAGACCGUUCGUGAGCUGGCAAGUAGAGCUGAACCAGAAGUACUUCCUAUCGAUGCCGUGCAGGUUGCACCUAACGAAAUAUAUGAAAACCUGUGUCAUUACCCUCGGUAUCCGCAGAAACACGCGUAUCCAAGCAGCCAAUGCCAUCCAAUUUCCUCGAAACCCCUUGAUAUCACCCGUUACCCUCGCAUUCUCCUGCAUCCAGCCGUCAGACGUGGAAGAGGAGGAGGAAACUGACGCUUCGCCUUAUUCAUGUAUAUUGCGCAGAGGAACGGGAGAAAUGAAGAGCAAUAAGGCAUGAACACUUGCCUUGUAUUAGAACGGUUGUAGCGUUUGAGAAAGUAACGAUAAGUUGAGGGGUUCAGUUGUCGGAUAGACAAGUGAAGAA